AUGGAGAAUGAUAUCGCGUGUAAUGGAAAUGAUUCAAUUAAUUCAAAUGUAGUUUCUAAUGAUGCACGUAAUAAUUUAUUGGUUCGUAAUGAAUCAAUUAGUGCUGUUCAUGGUAGUUUGAAACUACCUAUUGGCAUAGCUAUUGCAUCAAAAAGUCAGUGUUGUGUGUGCCGUAUUCCAUUGGUUUCACCUACAAUCACUAUUAAGAAGGAAGAUCGAAAUAAUAUCUUAAUUCGUCGUAAUGUUGAUAUUCCAAAAGGGUCACGUUGUUGCAAAGAUCAUACGUCCAAUGGAUAUUUAUCGCGUGAAGCCUUCUUUAAAUUAACUGCUUACAAAAUUAAUUAUCGAAUAUUUGAUAGUAAUUAUAUUAUUGACACCAUGGAAAAACUUCGAACAAUGGUCCAUUAUCAAAAACACAUAGAUUUUGAUGAUCCUUCCUCGUUAUCAGACGCGGAUUAUAAAAUCCUCACCGGUUUCACACGAAAGCAACAUAAUCGUGUUCUUGAAUGCAUUCCGUCAACUGCUUUAAAGAAUUCGGUCAAUCUAUCUCCUCGUUGUGCACUUGCAUGCUUAUUAAUGAAAUUAAGACUUGGAAUAAGCAAUGCAGCACUUGCUUCUAUGCUGGGCAUCGAUAACUAA